UUGGCCGAGAUUUGCGUUCUGACUCUAAACGUGCUAAAUGAUCCAUCGUCUUUCCACUUGUAUUGCAGUCAAUUUUACUAAGGCCGGUGUUUAUUUUAAGCAUUUAACCCUAGCCGAAUUUAAAAAAAAAAAAAAAAACCUACAGUAAAAUAUUGUAUGCUUUAACAAGUUACAAUCGAUGUUUGAAGACUGAGUGGUAAAAGGCUUGGUUUCUUCGAAGAAUUGAUCUUACACUUUACCAAGAAUAUUCCGGGUGUUAUUUAAUACCCUGUAAUUUUCUUGGAAUAAUGGGACCAGUGUUUUCUAUCAUAUUUUGAUAUAGAGAAAUGCGAUCGUUUUACCCCACUAUUUAAUCAGGGUUUGGAUCAAUUAACCCGAUACCCGCCGAGUUGUUCGAGCGAGACUAUUGUUGUGGAAGGGGCCAAAGAGAAAAGGUUAUUAUGAUGUCCUGAUAUUGUGUUUAAUGAGUGAAAAGAAACGUGUUAGAAGUUGGACCACAAAAACCUCUUCUUAAACGUUACGUACUCGACGCUACUGUGAACAUUUAAUUUACUCGAGUAAGGAAUCUACAAAUACUGAAAGCGAUUGCACAUAUUUGGAUAUAAAUCAACAGCGCAAAAAAGGCCAACCAUGAAGAAUAGGAAACAGAUGGUUUAUAAAUUAGCAGAAGUACAGAAAGGAAAGGGUUGUACCGGACCGGUUGACAGCGGCGGGGGGUCAGGAGCCGCCCGUACCCUCGGGGUGUCGACGUGCGACUGCGGCUUGGAUAAAUUUUUGCCGAGAUGGACACACUGGGCGGUGCUCUUGUUAACAGCGUGUAUUAGGAUCUAUUACAUUGGUCAGCCACAGAGCAUGUGGAUCCUGCACCCUGAUGAAAUAUUUCAGACCGUAGAAGUUGCAUUUUCGGAGUAUCAUGGCUAUGGCUUCCGUUUCUAUGACUACCUGCCCCCGCCGACCAACGCGACCCCCGUUGAAGAGCAGGAACUGUUGUCGGGGAUGUUCAGCCUGCGCUCUUUCCUGCUGCCCAGGGUUUAUAUGCUCAUGUUUUCAGCAGCCGACUUCCUGUCUCUCCAGUUACUGCCACUGACGAUUGCAAGAGCAGGUCAUGUGAUUGUGACGUCAUUUCUACCCAUAUCUGUGUAUUUCUUAACAAGGAGACUGUAUCCAUGUGUGUUGACUAGUCAAUUGGCUGCCAUAUUCACUGCAUGUUCACUUCCUUUAUCAGUGCUUGGAACGCAUGCGCUGGACAUUAGUCUUUUGAGUCCAUUCGUAGUCGCCUCUGUGACACCUUUAGUCGGGUUCUUUCUGGACACCCGGUACAACCCAACAGCUGCUAUGUUGAAAUCUUACGUUCAAAACGGAAAAGAUAGUGGUACCAAAAGUGAUCAAUCUAGUAAUCCUACCGAUGAAAAGGUCACAGACACCGAGGUCCCUAAAGAGACUCCGGUGUCUAAAAUAUCAGUACUAUUCAAGACUCUGUCGUAUUUUAUGAGUGGGUUCGUACUCGGCAUUGCUUGUUAUAUUCGUGUGGAUACGGUGCUUUUCGUUGGUACCCUUUUGGUAACCUUUCCAUUAAUCUUUACCCACUUCAAUCAAUUACUGAAUACAAUUUUGAUGACGGUUGUGGCUAGUUGUGGAUUUGUCGCAGCCGUUUUGGUGGGUGGGUACGAAGAUCAGUACUGGUACGGCAGCAUUUUCAUAUCUCCUCGCCAGUGGUUAAAUUUCAAUAUGAAGAACAACUUACCAACUGUUUUAUUCGACAACCAAAAACCGUUAAAAUUCCUUUUAGAAAUUUUCUUUUCAGACAUUUUCACCUCCCUAUUCACCGUUUUAACUUUAAUUGGAUUGUGUGUUGGAUUUUUCAGACAAUCGCAGAAAAGAACCGCGACUCUUGAGAAUAUCAUUACAGUAGUCCUUGUAUUUCUAACCGUUAUCCAGUUUGCUUCUCAGUUUCUCAUGAGGCAACUUGAGACCAGACAUCUACACAACGUCAUUGUUCUAGUCCUUAUCAUAUCCGCCUGUUCUUUUCAUCAUAUUCUAGCUGUGUUAAGACGCAGCAUUCUCAAGGAGGAGCAGCUGAAAGUGUUGUUAGUGCUAAUCCUCGGUCUGUAUGCGCUGAACUCCUACAGUAUUUUCCCUUCGCCGUCCUCUUCGCCCAGUAACCCUUGGGCCUAUCCCAGAAUGAAAGAGUCCAGAGACGUGAACCUGUGUCUGGAUUUCGUCAGCCGUCAGUGCGGCGUGAGUGGUGUGUUUGUGGACAGUAGUCUGUACCUCACCCACGGGUACACCAUUCUGAACCACAACGUACCGCUUCUGAUCCUUAUACACAACGAGUACCACGAGUAUAAAACCAGGAUCACGCUCCUCAUUCAACAUCACGAGAAGCACAUCACGGAACACAUCCGUAUGAUGAACCGCUUCACGGACUUCAUCUACAAAGAUAAUGAAUUCUAUUUAAAGAAAGUUUUACUUGGAAGGACAGAAUACAACUAUGUCAUCUGUGAUAAAAUUAGGGCCCCGACAUUCAUAGAAUUGGGAUUUCAUCAUGUAUACUCAACUCAAGGUUUUGUGGUUUUAAGUCGUAAUUUGGACGAAAAAGAAGCAAAAAAGAGUGUUUCUUUGUCCCGGUCCUUGGUAUCGGGGGAGAAUGCGACACUUCUGGAGUACGAAGGCAGCUGGCUGUACACCGCCGGGGUGUUUAACGUUGCUGCUGAGAGGUUGGAAAAAUGCAUAGAGACAAACGACGCUCGCUGGCGGCCAUAUCAACUGCUGGGAAUGUCGUAUGUCAAGAUGAGGAAGUGGGAAUUGGCACGUGACGUGGAGAAAAGAUGUCUACAGAGACAUGGGGAAAAGACCUGCAAACAAAAACAAGCUAGACUAGUCCUGGACGAAGAUCGAGGCCAUAUUGGAGGUGUUUGAUAUGUUGUUAUCGGCGGCCAUGAAAAACAUGACUACUAGUAUACAGCAGGAACCACAUUCAUGGGGGUGUAAUAUUUACAAUUUAGUGCCAGUCAAAAUCAAGAACAAUUUUUUAUACAAAAAUACGGAAAUGUUGUUUAUGUAUUGUAGUAAUACUGGAACAAUCUGUGAAAUUUUUAUGCAAUAAAUCUUGUUUAGAAAAGUUUGAAUUAUUUAUAACCUACCCCUGGUGGGUACCAGAAUUUUUGGACCGCAAUAUGGGAUCCACAGAUUUUAUGUUUAUAUAUUUAAAAAAGAAAACAUUCUAAUCUAAAACGUCAAUACAACAGUUUUUGAAAUCGAUACUGCAAUCUAAUUAAAAUUAGACAUCUAAGAUACGCUAUACAUUAGACUUGUACCUAACCUGUCUACAAUACGCUGUACAAGAUUAUGUGUAGUGUAUCGUAGAGGAACGGUUUUAGAAGUCAUAAUUAGAUUGAUCGAUAUUGAAUCAAUCUAUUUCAGUAAAAGUCGCCUAUAUAGGGAAUCUGGAUACCGAUGUAAGAAAAUUUUGGCAUAAAGGAACUUUAUCAUGUUUAUUUCUUUUCCUCAUUAAUUAUAUUUUAACAAAGUCUAUGAAUAUAAAUGAUUUUGCUUGCUCCUGAUUAAGGACUUCCUUAAAAGCAAAGUUUACUUUAUUAUGUAUUUUUGGAGUUUUUUAACAUUACCUGUGAUGUAAUGUUUAUAAAUCUAGUAUUAAUUUCAUAGGAAAUAUAUCUGUAUAAUAAGAUACUAGUACGACCAUUGCUGGUAAAUGAUCACUAUGAAAGGGUUACAGAAAUACACUUGUGCAUUUAUGAGUUCUUUUAUACUUUUUUGAUUUUGCAAAUUUAAACAGUUUGCAUUUUAGCCAUAAUGAUUGUUGUCCAUGGGUGAUGUGGCCCCAGAUCCUGUUGUUGUUUCUUUUUUUUAUAAAUAAAUUAAUUUGAAUUAU